CGAGGCCCUGAGUCUGCCCGGGAUGGACCUGUUUGUGCUGUUGCUGGCUCUGGGCCUGGCUGAUGGUGUUUCUGCACUGUCCUCGUCCAAGUCUCUUGUGACCUGUGCCUGUGAGAAUUUCAACUGCAAGGGAUCUUCAACCUGCCAAGGGUCUUGGUGCACUGUGUGGCUGAUAAAAGAGCCAGGGAGACAACCCCGGGAGUCUCGGGGAUGCAGUAACCACCAUUAUCAAGAGACCUGCCUGGGACUGCCGACGGAGGCCUUUGCACACUACUGCUGUUACCACCCUCUCUGCAAUCAAAAUAUCUCCCUGAAGCUAGCAACCACACCAGCCCCACCAGAGGAACCCCAUGGAGCUAACCAUCUGCCACUGAUCCUGGGCCCUGGGUUGGCUCUGCUGGUUCUCUUGGGGCUAGGAGCCCUGGGCCUGUGGCGCCUCAGUCGGAGGCGUGAGAAACAGAGAGCUUUGCAAUGUGACCUGGGAGAAUCCAGUCUCAUCCUGAAGGCAUCGGAACUGUUGGACAGCACGCUGGGGGACCUUCUGGACAGUGACUGUACCACAGGCAGUGGCUCUGGCCUCCCCUUCCUGGUCCAGCGGACCGUGGCUCGGCAAAUUGCUCUGGUGGAAUGUGUGGGCAAGGGCCGCUAUGGUGAAGUAUGGAGGGGCCUAUGGCACGGCGAGAGUGUGGCUGUCAAGAUUUUCUCCUCCAGGGAUGAACAGUCCUGGUUCCGGGAGACUGAAAUCUACAACACAGUUCUGCUCAGACAUGACAAUGUUCUUGGCUUCAUUGCUUCUGACAUGACAUCCCGCAACUCCAGCACCCAGCUGUGGCUGAUCACCCACUACCACGAGCAUGGCUCCCUGUAUGACUUCCUGCAGCGGCAACCACUGGACCGAGGGCUGGCCCUGAGGCUGGCCCACUCCAUUGCCUGUGGCCUGGCCCACCUUCAUGUGGAAAUCUUUGGCACCCAGGGCAAACCAGCCAUUGCCCACCGAGACCUGAAGAGUCGCAACGUCCUAGUCAAGAGCAACCUACAGUGUUGCAUAGCAGACCUGGGCCUGGCGGUAAUGCACUCCCAGGGCAGUGACUCCUUGGACAUUGGCAACAAUCCUCGGGUGGGCACCAAGAGGUACAUGGCGCCAGAAGUGUUAGAUGAGCAGCUUCGAACCGACUGCUUUGAAUCCUACAAGUGGACAGACAUCUGGGCCUUUGGGCUGGUGCUAUGGGAGAUAGCCCGCCGGACCAUAGUGAAUGGCAUCGUGGAGGACUAUAGACCACCCUUUUUUGACAUGGUUCCCAAUGACCCCAGUUUUGAGGAAAUGAAAAAGGUGGUUUGUGUGGACCAGCAGACACCCAAUAUUCCCAACCGGCUUGCUGCAGAUCCGUUCCUUUCAGGUUUGGCACAAACCAUGCGGGAAUGCUGGUACCCCAACCCUUCAGCUCGCCUCACGGCUCUUCGCAUCAAGAAGACCCUACAGAAACUUUGUGCCAAUGUAGAGAAACCCAAAGUGAUUCACUAGCCAUCUGGUGCCCAUACCCUCUAUGCCCUGGGGAGGGCUCUAUGGAGCUGUUUGGGUUGGACCUCUCACAACCUCAGAGUCUGCUUUCCUUCUUAUCCAGGAUCUCAGGAGGAGGGGAGUGGGGAGGGUGGUCCCCUGAGAGGGCAGCCCCUGGCUGCUGGACUCCACGCCUCCAGCCCCCAGCUCUCCCAGCCAAAAAUAUUGCUGGGCCUGUAAUCUGAUGCCAGGGCAUCUAGCCCAGUCUGAAGGAACAGUCUCCCUGACGCCUGGCUCUCCCCCACCCCCAGCACACUCACACUCACCCCUCCUUCCCCGGGAAGUCUAGAUCCCAGCUGGCCCCAGCUGCAAGAGAACACUGCCCUAGGAUGAAGCCACCAACACCUAACUGGGGGAAGGGAUAGAGGAUUUCCAUUCCCCCUGCCACCCAAUCCCCCUGGUGCAAGUAUGAACAAGCACAGAGACAGAAAUCUCAGGCUGCUCCGUCUCACCUGCUGCUUGUGCCCUUACCUCCCAGGGUCAGCAGAGGGGGCACAGACUCCCAAAUCCCUUUCAGACUGCACUCUCCCAGAGCAAAGCACCUUGGGCACAAUGCCACGUUAUAUUCCCCCUGUGCCAUGAGAACUUGGAUACCUUAUCAUAUGGCUGCAUCAAAGACUGGGGUUGAGCCAGCAUGCCUCUGCCCAAGGGGCCUUGUGUGCUCAACUCCAAGGGGCCCCACUGCAUCCUUCCUCUCUCCCUUCAUUGGAAAUAGAAGCUGCCUAGGGUCGCUGAACCCUGCCUUGACCAAGGGGAAACCUCCACCUCAAAUCUCUUAUCUUAGAACAAAACCUCAAAUUUUCAAGCCUCUCCCAGGCCAUUGCUGAGUGUGAGUGGGACUGGUGCCUUUGUUGGCAAGUCACGAGAAAGAUGGCAAUGAUGUCAAAAGGCCCCGAAAUGCUUGUGCCCAGCCUGAGGGGGCUUCCAGAAUAAACAGAAGGCUGGGUCUAGAACUUUCUGAGCCUUCCUUGUAGAAAGCUGAAUCUAAGGCUCUACUCACCUACCCAAUACAAAUUCAUCUUCUUCUCUUGAUUUUUACCAACAUACCCCACCCAUAGUUGAUUUUUCCCCCCUUAAAACCCUUACUUUCUUACUUGGAAUC